UACGAUGGGCAUAGUAGUCCAAAGGAAAGAAACUCGAAGAUCGAGAUUCUGACCUGUGUCUGUUCUCUCAAUGGAACAUAUUUGUCCUCUUCCCUCUCCAAAGCUUAUUCUUUUCCUCACUUCUGCUUCUCCUUUUUUCUCAAAAAACCCUAAAACCCUUUGAAUCCAAGAAAGAAAAAGUACCCAUAUUCUUCCGAAGUUUGGUUGUAAUUUUCAAGCCAAAAACCCCUUGGUACUGUUUGCAGAACCAAAAAGUCUUUCUUAUUCAAUGUGAAGAAGAAUUUUGUUCGAGUUUCAACCUUCUCUACUUCUUGUUCUUGGAGAAUAGUAGAGGAAAAAGCGGGAGAACCCCGUCAUUUUGAUAUCUGAUUUUGAAGAAAAGGAGUAAAAGAAAGAGAAAAAUUUAAUUUCCCUCUGCUUUACUCUGUUUGUUCUUAGAGGAACUUGACAGAGAACAAAGCUUGCAGAAUGGCAGAUCAGGUGCUGUGUAGUGCUUGCAGAUCUCUGAAUUUGUUUUUGUUCGUUAUUUUGACAUCUAUUUUGGCCAAUGUAGCUUUUGUUUGCGCUAAAUCAACUAUAGAGCCAUGUUCGAACUCCGAUUCUUGCAAUGCCCUGCUCGGUUACACUCUUUACACCGACCUCAAGGUGUCUGAAGUUGGUUCACUCUUUCAAGUCGACCCCAUUUCGAUUCUCACUGCCAACGCUAUAGAUGUUUCAUACCCAGAUGUUGAAAAUCACAUUCUACCUUCGCAGCUCUUUAUAAAGAUCCCUAUUUCUUGUUCUUGUGUUGAUGGGAUUCGUAAAUCGGUUUCGACUCGGUACAAGACUCGCCCAUCUGACACUCUCUCCUCGAUUGCUGAUUCCAUCUACGCUGGUUUGGUCUCCUCAGAUCAGAUUCGGGAGGCUAAUUCAAUUGCGGACCCCUCUCUUCUCGAUGUUGGACAGACCCUUGUUGUGCCACUUCCUUGUACUUGCUUUAAUGGAACUGAUAAUUCGUUGCCUGCUAUUUACUUGUCUUACGUUGUUCAACCUGAAGAUACUUUAAGUGGGAUUGCUUUUAGAUAUUCGACUACUAUCACUGACUUGAUGGAUGUUAAUGCCAUGGGCAAUCCAGCGAUUAAGGCUGGUGAUAUUUUGGCCGUUCCCUUGCCUGCUUGUGCAUCUAAGUUUCCUUCAUAUGCCUCUGACUUUGGCUUGAUUGUGCCCAAUGGGAGCUAUGCCAUUACGGCAAGUCAUUGUGUGCAAUGUAGCUGUGGACCAGGGAACCUCAAUAUGUAUUGCAUGCCUGCUCCUUUUGCCGUUUCUUGUUCGAGUAUGCAAUGCAAAAACAGCAAUCUAAUGCUUGGGAACGUCACUGCACAGCAGAGUAGUGCAGGUUGCAAUGUUACAUCUUGUAGUUAUGGUGGUUUUGUAAAUGGCACCAUAUUGACGACGUUGUCUUCGAAUCUUCAGCCUCGAUGCCCUGGGCCACAGCAAUUUCCCCCACUUAAAGCCCCACCCACUACAGUAAUUAGAGAUACAAAUUUUGCACCUGCACCUGCUCCUCAAUUCGAUGGCUCUGGAUCACCUGCACCCAGUUCGGGAUUGAUCCCUUCAACAACUGGUUCUCUCCCUGGACUCCCGCCAGCCAGUGGCCCCAUUGGUAGUACUUCGGGGAUGAAUUCGGCGCCUUCCUCUGCUUUCUCAUUGAUGAAUCCAUUAGCUAGUAUCCCUGCUGCCUUUCUGUUAUUUAUCCUCGUCAACUACAUAAUGUCAUUUUCAUUAUGCUAGUUAACAGGGAGCAGAGCACUGGUAGGACCAAUGUUAUUCAAAUGAUACAAAUGAUCAGUUCCGACUCCUAGUAAUUGAGUUGAGAACAUUGCGUGGGAAUGAAUGAUACAACUUUUUUUUUCAAGAUCAUGAAGAACCAACAUAUUUUGGUGUUGCAUGCUGUCGAAAACGGACAAAUCUCCUACAGCCCCCAUUGCCAAGCACGUAAUCCCUAGCUCCUAGUCGAUGAAUAGUUCUCGAUUGGAAGCUUCAAGUCGAGACCUUCAAAAUGAAAUAUCAAAUCAGGCACAUCAAGUUUACUAUUUCUGUGGGAAGGGAGCUCAAAGCAGAGGUCCAGCCCAAUACUUGCUGACCAAAGCACUGGGAGGUUUGUCUGUGAAGUAAAAACUGGCUUCAAUAUAUCAAAGGCAUCCUCUGUUAUGUACGUGAUCGAUGUGCCAGAAUCUAUGAUCAGUUGCUGCUGCCAUCAUUGUUUAGUUCAAACCACGAGGAUGGGACAGGCAAGUACCUUUGGCCAACUGUGAUUCCUUUUAGAGAAAGAUAGUAGUAAGAUGGAUCAAAUGGAUUUUGUAGCAGUGUUGUGGUCUUGAUUGUUCGGUUUGUGUUGUUGACAAUGCUCGUUGAAGAUGAUCCAAAGGCCAAACUCCCAGUUCCAUUUGGACUUAAACAGUAAGAGAACUUUUUAUUGAAAGCAAUUAACACAAA